GCCUUUGAAGCCGGGACUCCUCGCCUUGUCUUGGGCUCAAAUGAGCUGUUUGCUGCUGUAGUGAAACGUUGGUCUUCCACCAAGCAGCCGGCCGGGGAACGACGCCACAGCUCAACUUUUCCUCUGCAUGUGGUGGGGCGAACAUUUCCCUACUUUCUUCUGGAGGCGCUCCGCACUGGAGGACACCAUUUAACUGAGAAGUCACUUCUUUAUUCAGACUUUUUACAUUUUUGAAGCACACUUUACAAGAGGAGGUGGGAGCAGAAAGUCCAAGGUGAGGGAAGUAGUCAUGCCUCAGCUCAGCAGCGGCGGAGGAGACGACCUGGGAGCCAAUGAUGAGAUGAUAGCAUUCAAAGACGAAGGGCAGGAGGAGAAAAUCCAGGAGAACGCCUUCACGGAGCGAGACCUGGCCGACCUCAAGUCCUCCCUGGUGAACGAGUCGGAAAUAAAUCAAAGUCCGACCUCGGCGGCGGUCAGACGGGGACAGCAGGCCGAGCAGAGGGGCUUCCAGGACAAACACCGAGAGCACCUGGACGGAGUGUCGAAGCAGCAAGAUGGAGGCAUGUACAAGUCGCCGGCGUAUCCCGGGUAUCCGUUCCUGAUGCUGCCGGACCCUUACCUCCCCAACAGCUCCGUCUCUCCAUCUUCCAACAAAGUGUCUGUGGUUCAGCAAUCCCACGGGAUGCACCCGCUGACGUCCCUGCUGCCCUACAGCAACGACCACUUCAGCCCCAGUCCUCCUCACCUGCCCACAGACAUGAGCCAGAAGACAGGCGUUCACAGGCACCAAUCCCAGGACCUCUCGGGGUACUACUCCCUUCCUCCAGGUGGCGUUGGCCAGAUCACUCCCUCCAUGAGCUGGCAGAGCCAGCCGGUCUACCCGGCACUGCCCCCUUGUGGAUUCAGGCAGCCCUACUCCUCCGGUCUCCCCAGCGCAUCGUCCUACUCCAGGUUCCCUCACUCUUUGAUGCUCGGACCGUCGGGCGUGCAUCCAACAGGGAUCCCCCAUCCGGCUAUAGUGCCCUCUUCGGGCAAGCAGGAGCAUGAUCAGUACGACAGAGGCAUGUACAUGAAGCCGCAGGUGGAGGUCAAGCGGGAGAAGGAGCCUAAGAAACCCGUCAUCAAGAAGCCGCUGAACGCCUUCAUGCUCUACAUGAAGGAAAUGAGGGCAAAGGUCAUCGCCGAGUGCACGUUAAAGGAGAGCGCCGCUAUCAAUCAGAUUCUGGGACGAAGGUGGCACGCUCUGACCCGGGAGGAGCAGGCCAAGUACUACGAGUUGGCCCGGAAAGAGAGACAGCUCCACAUGCAGCUCUACCCGACCUGGUCUGCGAGAGACAACUACGAGGCGGGCCUUAGCGGGGUCGCAGGGGAAAAGAGUAAAGCUGAUUGGGGAAAGAAGAAAAGGAGAAAACGGGAGAAGCAGCAGGACUCCAACACAGACCCGGGCUCUCCUAAGAAAUGCCGGGCUCGCUUCGGCCUCAACCAACAAACGGACUGGUGCGGUCCCUGCAGGAGGAAAAAGAAGUGCAUUCGCUACCUUCAAGGAGGAGGCUGCCCCAGCCCAUCUUCUUCAGAUCUAAGUGCCAUAGACUCGCCCCCGUCCCCGUGUCCCGCGCGCCUCUACCGCCAGGGGGCCCCGUCCCCGCGCCGCUCCCCGCCGCCCUCCCCCUCCCCGCGCCGCUCCUCCCACACGCGCUCGCACCCCCGCUUCCCGUCGGAGCGUCCCGCCGGCAAGCGGGCGGACCUCUGCCACCUCGUCCCGACCGCGACCCUGGAAACUGUCGGGCAAGCAGACGCUCUGCUCCUCGGCGCUGUCCGCCGCCAAGGUGGCGGGACUUUCUCUCAAAGUGCUAACAGAGACUCACUGACGCCGCGGCCCUCCCGCCUCGCUACUUUCCUCCUCCCCAAAGGAACCAAGAUCCUCCUGGUCGCCUCCUUCACUUUUCACCCUCCAGUCGUGAUUUUCCAAAGUUUCCGUUUCCACGUAGUGACAAGAGAAGAACAACACGCUAAAGCGGCUCACCUUGUGCUAAACGCUUCAGAGGCCCGUCACAAUUCCUGAUAAAUCCACAGCUCUCAUGGGACUUCCUGGAACUUCACAGCAGGCAGCCAUCUUGGUAGGCAGUUGCAAUGACAACAGCAAACAAGCCACAAGCUUAGAAUUAGCUCUCGCCUUGUUGCUAUCUAACUUAUAAAAAUGUUACUUUACAACUUCUUGAGUCCUCUCCCCUCCUCUGUGUAUUACGAAUAUGAAUAUCAGUGAUAUUUACUGUAGUACUUACUGCUGAACUACGUUAGCUAUAUUAGCUUAGCCAACGUAGCUUUUAGCAGCUAAGACGUACAUGGACUCACUCUGUUCACCAGAACCUUGUUCUUACAUCCUUCAUUAAUGUAACUGAACAAAGGUGGUAUGAAGCUCCUCCAUGUUGGAAAACUUCCUGCUGGAACCACUUCCUGCUGGAAACACUUCCUGCUGGAACCACUUCCUGCUGGAAAACACUUCCUGCUGGAACCACUUCCUGCUGGAAACACUUCCUGUUGGAACCACUUCCUUCUGGAAACACUUCCUGUUGGAACCACUUCCUUCUGGAAACACUUCCUGCUGGAAACACUUCCUGCUGGAACCACUUCCUGUUGGAACCACUUCCUGCUGGCACCAGUUCCUUCUGGAAACACUUCCUGCUGGAAACACUUCUUGUUGGAACCACUUCCUGCUGGAAACACUUCCUGUUGGAACCACUUCCUGCUGGCACCAGUUCCUUCUGGAAACACUUCCUGUUGGAACCACUUCCUUCUGGAAACACUUCCUGUUGGAACCACUUCCUUCUGGAAACACUUCCUGCUGGAAACACUUCCUGCUCACUAAUUAGUCGCAGAGAUCAGAGGCAGCUUCUUCUUUCCGUCCCAUCAGCAGACAGUCUCUUCAGAUUGUUUCUAUAAGCUUCACUGUGGUGAUUGGGACGCCAUGCGCUCGCCUACCAAGAUGGCAGCGAUCACUUCCAGGUCAGACUUAUUGGACGAUAAGUUGUCCCAGAAGUUAUUGCAAUAAAUAACUUGCAAUAAAUAUUGCAAUAAAUGAUCAUUUUCUUUGUUUUGAGACCAUUUACAACCUGAACAUCAGAUAAAUAAAUCAAACAAGAGAAUCAAAUACAUUGAAUUAUGACAUCAUGUAAACAAAAGAAUUGGACUGAAGACUUAAUAUCCAGUAUUUGGUAGAAAAAUGAUCAAUUAUGUAAAUGGAGAUGAUUGAGUUCAUUUUAAUGUGAUUUAUUGAUUAUUGUGACCAGCCUGCUGACAGGUGCAAAUGAUUAUUGAUUAUAUGAUGAAUUAUUAUGUUAAAUUAUUAUCAAGUUUUCAUUUUAGCAGCAUUCAAGAGAAAUUUGAACAGUUUAUUGGUCCGUCACAAACACUGCUGUUAAAAAUAUAUAAAUUGUAAUGUGGCAAAAGGUGAAAAGAUUUUUUCAUGAUCUUCUUGUUUUGGCUGAAACCGUUUGAGUUCUGCUCAUUUUUGUUGCGGACUGUUCCUCCUCAGAGUCGGUGCUCACUUUGUAACCUUCAGAUGAAUUAUUAAUGCUUUUCAUGUUAUGAUCUGUUCUGGACCCGACUGACCGGCAGAACCUCCGACUCCUGGGAAAAUAUUCCUAUCUUUGUGUUUCCAGCAGACACACAGCUCACUUCUUUUAGCACUUUUAGUCUUCUGCUCUCCAGCUUCACCUGUUACAUUUUUACAUUUUGUUUUUUACUUUUUUGUGUAUGAAUCUAUUUUUAAGGUCGUGUUUCUUUAAAAUUUGUUUUUCUCUGCAGCUCCGCAAACUAAUCUGUGACCGAUGGGUACUAUUAUAUUGCAUUGUCUUGUAAAGUUUUAUAAUAAAUAACUUUUGUAUGUUUUUAUGGAAUAAAAAGGCAAAGUCUUUUUGAAAAAAAAAAUAGUUUCCAGUUUUUUCUAAGCAACAUGUUUUUUUGUCUUUUUGUGCUCCAGUAUUGCUGCAGAAACCUUCUAACUGUAUUUUGAGUUCAGUCUUUGCAUGUUCCAGCUGUAACGUUACGUUUCCAUUUGCAGUUGUUUUCUCGCAGCUUCUGACUGCAUUAAGUUUAGGCUGAGCUUUUGUUCCAUCCUUCUCCAGCCGUGGCGCUGUUGUGGUUAAAAGGUCUGAACGUUCAGGCGGGAGGCAGAAACUGGAAAAUGUCUUUGUACUUCAUGCUUUAAACCCUGAUGUAUGGUCUGUUUGAUGUUAUUAAAAGUGUUUUUUUUU